AAUGGGUGAAGAAUUUGGUUUUGAUAAGGAUAGAUUCACAAAUUACAAUCAAGAUAUAUUUGAUUGUCCAAUAUGUUCAUGUGUAGCUAGACUUCCAAAAGAUUGUAGUUCAUGUGGAUCAGUAUUUUGUGGUCCUUGUGUGGAUUCAUGGCUUAAAAAAUAAUCGUAAUUUAUUCUCUUAAUAUUUUAGAGAAUGCAUUAAUAGAUGUCCAAAAGGUUCAUAGAUAUAACCAAUUUAAAAGUCAUUAAAGAAAAUAUAUGAUGAUCUUGAAAUUAAAUGUAAUAUAUAUAUAUAAUAUAAUAUAGGUUCAUUUUGUCCUAAGGCAUUUAAGAUAGCUGAUAUUGAUAAACAUGAAUUAAAUUGUAAAUUACCAAAAUGCAAUAAUUAUGAUAUAUGUGGAAAUAAUUUAACAACAAAUGAAUUUGAAAACUAAAAAGUAUGAUUUAAUAAUUAAUAUUAGGUUUGUGAUUAAGCAUGUAUGUUAUUGAGUAAAAUUAAACAAAUUAAAAAUAAAUAAGAUCUUUAUUUAUGUUUAAAAUAAUAUGUAAAAGAGAGAUAAUCAGUUAAUCAAGUUUAAGCAUUUAAUUAUAGCACAAAUACUAUUGUAAAUCAAGAUUUUGGAAAUUAUCCAGUCUUUAAAUGGGAUAGAUAGAGAAUGGGAACUGGUAUAACAUUUUCUGAUGGAGAUACUAAAAUAUUUUUAAAGGAAUAAGCCUAUAUGUUUAGAACAGCAAUUGCUACUCAUGGUUUUGAAAAAGGUAUUGGAUAUUGGGAAAUUGAAGCAGAUGAAAAAACAGAAAAUGAAUUGAAAAUUGGAGUGUCUACUUGUAGAGAUUUUAAUUAUAAUACUGCAUUUUGUGAUUUUGAAUUUGGAUGGGCUUAUUAUGGAUUAGCAUAAGUAUUAAAACUUAUUUAUUAAUAGUUACGUCAUAAUAGUAAUGCUACUGGACCAUCUUUUGGAAAGAGAUUUAAGAAGGAGGGAAUCUUAGGAGUUUGUUUGAAUAUGAACAAUGGAACUUUAAAAUUCAGUUUAAAUGGAGAGAUUAUGGGAACAGCCUACACUGAUGAAAAAUUGAAACAAGGGCCUAUUUACCCAGCUGUUUCAUUACUUCAUUGUGCAGGUUGUAAAUUAAUAACUGGUAAGCCUGUUCCAGCCAUAUUCUUAAAUUGA